CGCGCGGGCGCCCUGACCCCACCGCCCGCGGGCACUGGCUGAGCUCCGAGGCGGCGCGCCGACAGCGGGGACGCCCGGAGGGGGUCCGAGCGUCUGGGGGCGGCGGCGGCCGGGCCGGGGCUCCCCCCCCGCCCGCGCUCGCCGCCGCGGUGGUGCGUCCCGGAGGUUACCGGAAGUGGCCGCGCUCGGCGCUGCCAUGUUGAGGAGCCGCCGCUGCCGCUGCCGCCGCCGCCGCCGCCGCCGCUUUGUUGUCGCCUCCUCCGCCUGAGGAGGCUCCCCGAGCGGGGGGAGUGGGGAGGAGGGGGGUCGGCCGCCGCAGCCAUGGAGGCCAACUGGACCGCGUUCCUGUUCCAGGCCCACGAAGCAUCCCAUCACCAACAGCAGGCAGCACAGAACAGCUUGCUGCCCCUCCUGAGUUCUGCUGUGGAGCCCCCUGAUCAGAAACCGUUGCUUCCAAUACCAAUUACUCAGAAACCUCAGGCUGCACCAGAAACAUUAAAGGAUGCCAUUGGGAUUAAAAAAGAAAAACCCAAAACUUCGUUUGUGUGCACUUACUGCAGUAAAGCAUUCAGGGACAGCUAUCACCUGAGGCGCCAUCAGUCCUGCCACACAGGGAUCAAGUUGGUGUCUCGGGCAAAGAAAACCCCCACCACGGUGGUUCCCCUUAUCUCCACCAUUGCUGGGGACAGCAGCCGAACUUCGUUGGUUUCAACUAUUGCAGGCAUCUUGUCAACAGUCACUACAUCUUCCUCGGGCACCAACCCCAGCAGCAGCUCCAGUACCACAGCAAUGCCUGUGCCCCAGUCUGUCAAGAAACCCAGUAAGCCUGUCAAGAAGAACCACGCCUGUGAGAUGUGUGGGAAGGCCUUCCGGGAUGUGUACCACCUCAAUCGGCACAAGCUUUCCCAUUCGGACGAAAAGCCCUUUGAGUGUCCUAUUUGUAAUCAGCGCUUCAAGAGGAAGGACCGGAUGACUUACCAUGUGAGGUCUCAUGAAGGAGGCAUCACCAAACCCUACACUUGUAGUGUUUGUGGGAAAGGCUUCUCAAGGCCUGACCACCUAAGCUGUCAUGUAAAACAUGUGCAUUCAACAGAAAGACCCUUCAAAUGCCAAUUUUCCUCCCUCAUGCAGACGUGCACUGCUGCCUUUGCCACCAAAGACAGACUACGGACACACAUGGUGCGCCACGAAGGCAAGGUGUCGUGUAACAUCUGUGGGAAGCUCUUGAGUGCAGCGUAUAUCACCAGCCACUUAAAGACACAUGGGCAGAGCCAAAGCAUCAAUUGUAACACGUGUAAACAAGGCAUCAGCAAAACAUGCAUGAGUGAGGAGACCAGCAAUCAGAAGCAGCAGCAGCAACAGCAGCAGCAGCAGCAGCAGCAACAUGUGACGAGCUGGCCAGGGAAGCAGGUAGAGACACUGAGACUGUGGGAAGAAGCUGUCAAAGCAAGAAAGAAAGAAGCUGCCAACCUGUGCCAAACCUCCACGGCUGCUACGACACCUGUGACUCUCACUACUCCAUUCAAUAUAACGUCCUCUGUGUCGUCUGGGACUAUGUCAAACCCGGUCACAGUGGCAGCUGCAGUGAGCAUGAGAAGUCCAGUAAAUGUUUCAAGUGCAGUUAAUAUAACCAGCCCAAUGAACAUAGGGCAUCCCGUAACCAUAACCAGCCCCUUAUCCAUGACCUCUCCCUUAACGCUCACUACCCCAGUCAACCUCCCCACCCCCGUGACUGCCCCCGUGAAUAUAGCACACCCUGUCACCAUCACAUCUCCAAUGAACCUGCCCACUCCUAUGACAUUAGCUGCUCCUCUCAAUAUAGCAAUGAGGCCUGUAGAAAGUAUGCCUUUCUUGCCCCAAGCUUUGCCUACGUCACCGCCUUGGUAAACAGUAUUAUAAAGUCAAAAUUUGGAUUAAAGUAAAUAUUUACCAGCAACUUACCUUUAGUUGAUUAAAGCAAAAAGCAGACUAUGAAAUUGGGAGGUUUUAUUAUGUUAGUUAAUAAGAGUGUAGUAGCUCCAAUUUUGCUGGGGUUGUUCAAAGUAGGGUAUAUAUGUAACUUAUCACUGGACCACUUUAGUUUAAUCAGAAACCCCUUUAGCUGACAGCAUUGCUUAAACAGGAUAGCAGCUGGCAAGGUGAAAUGCCAGAAUUAAAACCAAUCAUAAACCCAUUUCAAAAUAAAAGAGCAUUAUUUGUUUUUAUUAUUGUUUUUAAUACAACAGAAUCAUUUUAUUGUAAACACUAGCAGAGUUCUUCCCUCUGUACAAGGUGGAUGGGUCUAACCUGGAGUUCUAAACCCACAGACCGGGAGCUAGCUAGUGUAGCAUUGUCUGUGCUUUUGUUUGUAUGAGUGAAUAGAGGCAUUGAUAUAAUAAAAUGCAUUUCAGAGAAUAUGCAUUUUACCUUUGGGAAUAUGUUAAUUUCAGGCAGCAUUCCCUAUGGGAAAGGUGAUACCAGCUCUGAUAUGCAAAGCAUAUGAUAAUUUAUCAUUCUAACUUCAACAUUUAAUAGGGAUUGUGACCUGAUAUUUGGAGAUGUAAAUAUUGCUCAGCAUAUUAAUCCUGGAUAUAGCAUUGUAGUUGACUUUUUAAAAAAAAAAAAAACAACAAAAACUUAAAAAAAAAAAUCCAACAAAUUGUGUUUUGAUGAGAAAAGGCCGCAGCUGACUGAGGAGAAGUCAGGUGUGCACGCAGCAGGCUCCUAAUGGGUUAGUGGAUCCUGUUCAGGAGUAGUGACAACUUCGGAACAGUUUAAAACUAUUGCUUUAAAUUGGAAGACAUUGGAGGCACUGGGAUGUGAUAUGCCCCCCUCUCUCCCAAUCAGCGUCUGUUGAUGUUUCAACAGGCACAGAUGUGUUAGAUGCUCCCUAGAGUUUAUGUCUUAUAUUAAAUUGUAUACAGUUUUUAUUCUAACCACUAACUAGGUAGUAUGCCCCUUCAGAACAAGCAGAGUGUAUCUUUUCCCCCUCCUUCUGUUUAAUCAAGUAUUGUGCAGAUUUGUUCAACUUUGUAAAUAUGGACAUCACUUUUUUUUCCUUUGGGAAAAAAAAAACACUUGUAUCCGCUUUCUGGAGUUUUCAGGGAGGCAGCUGUCUGCAUGCUCCAUGGGAACCCUGCAAUGAUCGUGCACGUUGAGACAUGUGCUUUUUGUUUCGUAGUGGGAUGCUUUAUCCCUGUACAUACGGUAGAAACCAAAAGCUAGGGAAACAGAUAAAUACACCAUCAUGCCACACUUCAUGUUUUCAGGGCGUUGUGUUAGAGGAGUUCAUUCAAACCGAGAGGCUGUAACUGUGUUUUAUAUUGCAAUAUGCUUUGGGUCUUUUUCAUUUUUAAUCUUGCAGUUAAGAGAUAUGGAAAUGAGUUUUAGCCUUGCAGAAUGUAUGCAGGACUGUCACACAAGAUGACUUCCGUUUGUUUAUACCCCACUGUGUCAAUACAAACAUCAAAUACCAUACGUCUGAGACAGAUUUCCUACAUCAGGGACAGGUAUCUGUGUGUCAUUAUACAAAACAGUUCUAGGGGGAUGAACUACAUAGUAAAAAAAAAAUUAAAAUAAAUAGUACCUAGUGUAAAAUAAUUUUAUAAAUGAUCUUUUGUACUUUAGGACAUUAAAUUGUACAACUUUUGUAUAUAUAAAGCUUAGGAACUUUCUGUUUAGCAGGAAGGCAACACAUUCCUACACUUUUAAUGUAUAUGUUUGUUAUAAUGUCCAUGUAAACAUGCCCUAUGUUUGUGCCUUUUAAUUAGUUUGUCUCAAUAAACAAAAUGUAGAGAAAAAUAUGUAGCUAUGACUUUGUUACAACAGUUCUUAUCCACAGUUGAAAAAUGGUUUGUUUUUAAGUGUAGAUCAUUGUGUGUGAGCGCCUGCAAGGGCUCAUGGGGGAAGGCCUAGGAAUGGCACUGCUGAGACCCAGGAGGGCAGUGGUCACAUGUGGAGGAAACCCUCGUUUCCUGGCAUGUGCUCUGCCCGCUGGGCUUUGUCAUCUGUGUGCUGGCAGUCAUGGUCCUUAUGGUCAGACAACCCAGGCCUCCUCCAGUGGCCAGGAGCAGUCCUCAGAGUGGGUGGGUGUGGGCCCUUCCCCCAGGCUAUGGCGUGGUCAUAAGAUCCUGAAAGUAUUAGUUCUUACAGAAAAAAAAAAAAGAUAUAUACUAGAAAUGAUUGUUUUACCAAUUCAUUGUAAACAGGGGUGAGUCUUCACUGUAUGACUUCAGUUAAGUGCUGUUUUGUAUGCAUACUUUCUUAAGCUUGUCUGCAAUAAUAAAGCCACGUUGUGUCUUCUCUGGGGAGGGAGAGAGUUGAGGCAGGAUGGGUGAAGGUAGGGCCGAGGGGGCACAAAUAGGCCGUGUGGUGACAUCCUCCUGUGUCUUGGAACUGAAACUGAGUUGUGAUGCUGACGAACAGAUUCAACCGUGUGUCGAACGCACCAACGGCCACCGUUCUCCAGAGAGGCAGAGUAUGCCCCCCUCCUGGUUGUAACCCGGUGGAGACCUUUCCUUUAUCAGAGUGGCAGCUAAACAGUUGUAUUAGAUAAUCUUCAAAUCUGACAUCCAGCCUGUUGUGCUUGCUCUAGGGCUCGCUGCUUGGCCUGCAUCUGCCUUUUACUGUGUAUUCAUUUCCCUCCUAAGGUGUGUUCCUAACGAAGGUCUCUAUGUACGCGGAUGAUGAUUUACCUGUCAAUACCAGCACUGUAUUACUAACAUGCAAAAUACUGCAGAUUUAUUUUGACAAAUUAAAGUUAACCAGUCACAACUGU